UUUUCUUCUUUUACGCGGUGUAGAAAGCGUAAAAAGCUUCCAAGUAAUUCGAGCGGCCGAUAUAGAAACUCGCGAUCGUCCCUGCAUUCCGCCAGGGACAAAUUCAACGCAACAAUUGGAUCGUGGCUUCGAUUAUAGUCGCUCUAGUUUCCAAUGAAAAUGUCUCCUAGCUUUCUCGCGGUAAUUUUCGACCGAGAACGAUAUUUACGACUAAUGGCAUGGUGUUGCCUUUCAUAGUACGAUCACUAUGGUAAAGAUAAUAGGAUUGUAAGCACCCUAUCUGCGCAGAGCCGAUGUCGUUAGAUCUAUAUCUACUUGAGUGAAAAAGGGAAAAGAUAUACUGGGAUCUCUAAUAAAUACAGGAUGAUAGAAAUGUAUAUCUUUUGAAAAGGAUUUUUAGGAUUUCGUUCCACGACAAUGGAAUUUCGAAUAUACCUGUUUCUUUAUUGUUUUGUCAAGAGAGAGAAAGGCAGGUCUGGAAAAUUUACGGUAAAUUGCUUGUUUUCAAUUGACGUCUAAAUUUAGCUUGCCGACAUUAUUCGAAAACUAUGAAAAAUAAAUCCGCAAAGCUCUAAAAUGUCGACGGCUAAAAUUGAAUCUAGAUUGUGCGUAAUAAUUUUCUUGAUUUUCGACGGGAACAAAAACUUCGUAAUAGGUCUCGCGUUUACGCGCACAGAAGAAAUAACUUGGUUACAAGCGUGGAAAAAAAUAAUUAGGGUCAUGCAUAGCAUCAUGUAUAAUUCCGCGGUACGCGAAACCUUCCUCUUCUGCAAUUGGACGCAAUAAAUUAAUUGGCCAGCUUUCCGCGCCAGCGAACAAAAAUUUCGUGAACUUUCGCGAAACUGGAGCUUGAAAACCGGGUUUAUCCGCUCAAACCACCCGAACGGUAUUUUACGACGAGGAAUUAACAGUGAAAUUACCGUUUAUUUCCUGUUAAUUUAUCUGUUACGCCAAUUGUACGCUUGUUUCUUUUCUCUCUUCUCUCUAAGACGAUUCAAUUCGGACUAUGAAUACGAUUUAUUAUUUUUAAUGUCGAUGAAAACGUUGAAAUGGAGUUAAGAAUCGUACCUGAAUUAUCACGGUUGCGAUUAAACGCAUUUACUUGGAAUUUUUCGACAUUCUUGGUAAUAAAGUCUGAAAAUUUUUCGUUCGCAAAGUGGCAGCUUCGAUGAUCCAGACUAUCUGGAUUAUCGAACAAAAUUAUUUAUAAUUUUUUCACGUUCGAUGGCAGGAAAAAUGGAAGAAAAAUAGGACACGUAAGUAGCGGUGGAAUAUCUGGUUCGCGAUUCGCACGCGAACGAUCGAGCGCACGUGACUCGUGUAUCGCAUAAGAGACAAACGUCGGCGAUCAAGGCUCGCGAUAGAAUGAUGGCCGGGCCCUUAUUGAACGAUCGUUCCAUUUUUGUAUCGUCAUUGAAACGUGACCGGCAGUCCCGAUCGCGGAUAAUCGAUAUUCGUCUGCGCGGUUGACUCACAGGACGAUAACGUUCCACCGCAACUAAGUAUAAUGAUCAUGCACGAUAGGGAUGACGAGUUUUCUCGUUCUUGCGUGCUGAAACGCGUCGCGAUAUCCCAAGACGAGUACGAUAAGUGCAUCGAUUUGCGGAAACUUUUUACUACGACUAACAGAGGUCCGUUUGUCGGGACGAUUAUCCAUUUUCGUCGAUCAAGUGAAUUCCUAUUAUGCGAACGAAAAUAAAUACGAUAAUGCGUUACACAAAAACUCAAAAAAUGAACUAGAUCGUGCAAGUGAAUCAUGUUUACAAACAAGCGAGUGAAUAUUAUAAGCCGACUCGAGCCGAAUAGUUCUCGACUCGAACAAUUUCCGAUCUUACCCGAACAGUUCCGACUCGACCCGAAUAUCCGUUAAAAUUUUCAGGUAAUGACAAACUGACUGGAGAGCAGGAAGGACAGGAAGAAAGAAAAUGGAGCAUCGGAAGCAAACGACGGAAAUAGCGAAAGCUAACGAGCAGUUCGAUCUGUUUUGCAACGCGACCACUUUGAAAUCAAUUCUGGGGCACUACAGGCAUCUCUGCGACUUGCUCAGGAUCAGGCCGAACGUGAUCAAUCAAUUUUACCCAAAAUUGAAAGCGAAAUUGCGAUCGUGGAAGGCCCAAGCCCUCUGGAAAAAAUUCGACCAGAGGGCCAAUUACAAAUGUUACAACCGUGGCAAAGCAUGCCCGAACACGAGGGUGUUGAUCAUCGGAGGCGGGCCGUGCGGCCUUCGUUCGGCGAUAGAGGCGCAAUUGUUAGGAGCCAAGGUGGUCGUUGUAGAGAAACGGGAUCGUAUGUCCAGGAACAACGUCCUUCACCUGUGGCCCUUCGUCAUCCACGACCUUCGCGCCCUGGGGGCGAAAAAAUUCUUCGGGAAAUUUUGCGCCGGCUCCAUCGACCACAUUAGCAUUCGACAACUUCAAUGUAUAUUGCUCAAAGUCGCUUUGAUCCUUGGCGUCGAGUUCCACGAGAGCGUCAGUUUCGACGCUCUGAUAUCUCCGCCCGAGAGCCAGGAGGAGGGCAAGAUCGGUUGGAGAGCGAAAACCACUCCCGCCGACCACCCAGUCUCUCAGUACGAGUUCGACGUGUUGAUCGGAGCCGACGGGAAGAGGAACACGUUGGAAGGUUUUAAGCGGAAAGAGUUCAGGGGUAAAUUGGCUAUCGCGAUAACGGCCAACUUCAUAAAUAAACGGACCGAGGCGGAAGCCCGUGUCGAAGAAAUUAGCGGGGUUGCCUUCAUCUUUAAUCAAAAGUUUUUCAAGGAAUUGUACCAGGAGACGGGUAUUGAUCUAGAAAACAUCGUCUAUUACAAAGACGACACUCACUAUUUCGUGAUGACCGCUAAGAAGCACAGUCUUAUAGACAAGGGAGUGAUUUUGCAGGAUCACGCGGAUACGGCGAAAUUACUAGCGAAAGAAAACGUGGAUCGCGAAGCGUUGAUGCUUUACGCCCGAGAGGCUGCCGAAUUCUCCACGGAAUACCAAAUGAUUGGUAUGGAAUUCGCAGUGAACCAUUAUGGCCAACCAGACGUUGCCAUGUUCGAUUUCACGUCGAUGUAUGCGGCGGAGAAUGCCAGUCGAAUUUUGGAACGCCGUGGCCAUAAGUUACUUAUGAUCCUUGUCGGUGAUAGCCUUCUCGAGCCGUUCUGGCCAACGGGAUCUGGUUGCGCGAGAGGAUUUUUAAGCUCCUUGGACGCUUGCUGGGCGAUCAAAGGAUGGGGCGCGAACGUCUCACCGUUGGAAGUAAUCGCUGAACGGGAGUCAAUUUACAGGUUACUUGGACAGACCACGCCCGAGAACUUAAACAGAGAUUACGCUGCGUACACGCUAGAUCCUCAUACCAGAUAUCCCAAUUUGAACGUGUCGUCGGUGACACCGAUACAAGUGCGAAGUUUACUCGACACGGAUGAUCCCGACAGCGUGAAACAGCCUCCUGUCCAGUCUGACAUCGAUAUCCCUAAAAAACGACGUCGUCGGGAUUUGCGUGGAGACUCGCAAGUGCAUCCGGACACGCUGCUUCGCUGGCUGCAAAAGCAAGUUGCCCUGUACGACUCGGUUCAGAUAAGAGACAUGGGCGCCUCGUUCAAAAAUGGUCUGGCUAUUUGUGCGAUAAUUCACAGAUAUCGUCCAAACCUGAUAGAUUUCCACAAUUUGAACCCAGACGAUGCGAUUACGAACAACCAAUUAGCGUUUGAUAUAUUGGAAAAGGAAUUGGGCAUACCUCCUAUAAUGACAGGGGAGGAAAUGGCCCAGUGCGACGUUCCCGAUAAGCUCGCCAUGUUUUCUUACCUCACACAGAUAUACGAAGUUUUCCGCGGUGAAAUCCCGUACAUUAAACAUCCAAAAUUAGAACCUGAAAACGAAGAAAGGCCCGCACAUAGUAAACAAUUGACACCUGAUCAAAAAGUUCAGUUAAUUGACCGUAUCGUCAGGCAAGAUAGCGCAACGAGAACGAGACACUCACGAUCGCGUCAUAACGAAAAUUUAAACCCCGCGGAUAAGAAGGGGGACACGAUUAGCCGACGUUCUCGAAAGAGACGAAGCACGGAGAAGAUGGGCGCGACAGUGGAGGAAAGGCAGAAGAGACUCGCAGAAAUAGAGAAAAAUCGCGCCGAACGUAUGAGAAGGCGACAAUAUUUGCGAAAUAUGGCGACGCAGCAAUUCUACAAAAGUAUGCAGAUGCUGCAAGCGAACGCAAAACGCGAGAAAGACGAGCCGUUCGAAGAUUAUUCAAUAUUCUUAUAUCGUCAAACUGCACCGGAUUUCAAGGAUAGGGUGAAAUACCUUGAGCAGAAAAUAUUAUAUCCAGACAGAGAACCUAAGAUUCAUGCUGGUCAUCAUAGAAAUAGCAUAGACGAAGAGUUCUCCGGUAGAAUAAAAAGUAUCGAAGACAAGUUGAAAGGGUCUACACCGGUUGAGAAAAAACCCAGAGAUCUUCUACGUGCAAUUGGUAAAAUUGAGAAGACCGAUUGGAAUGUGAAGGAAAUCGAGAAGAAAAUCGAAGAGAAUAAAAUGGGUCGUUUGGUUCGACACGACAAAGUAGAACGAGUGCCGAAAUGGAGUCGAGAACAGAUGUGUAUAUGCUUCAUUCAGUUUUUAGCUCGACAAAUCAAGAUGGAGAAGAAGGGACGUGAUCAAAGGGAGACAGAUAGUAAGUACGCUGAUAUUGACAAUACCCUGAAGAAUAUUGACAGGAAGAUCAAAGAGGGUAAUGUGCUUGGGUACAAUAAAGUCUCGGCAAUGGCCGAACAAUUUUCAAAUAAAAGUCAGGACGCGGAGCCCAAGAUGCAGAAAUCGAAUGUCAAGCCCACGAUAACGUUACCUGCUCAAGGAGGUUCAGAAAUGUGUCAUUUUUGUAAUAAAAGGGUUUACCUAAUGGAGAGACUUAGCGCCGAAGGGAAAUUUUUUCAUCGAGGAUGUUUUCGUUGCGAAUAUUGUUCUACCUCGUUAAGAAUAGGGAAUCAUACAUUCGAUCGGGAUAAAAAUGGAGGACGAUUUUAUUGUACGCAACAUUUUGGUUUCUCAGGAACGUUGAAAACUCGGAACGUGGAAAAGAAGAAGAUUAUGACGUUGAAUAAAGAAAAUAUACCUGCAACGUCUGUAAAUUUAAAAACACCCGAAAAAGGAAAGAUAUCUUUAGAGGGUGUCGUUGGUCUCGAUCUACUCGAUCGUGGACAAACACCCGAGAGAAUAGAAUUCGAAAAUUUAGCUGGGAUAUCGGAUGCUGAAGAACCUCAAAGUCAAAUGGAUGAAGAUGAAUGGACGGAUAGGAAUUUCGGGGCUUCUACCGCAGAAAUGGGAUCCAGUGAUGACAUUUCGGAUAUGAGCGAUUCAGAUGAUGAUAACGAGGUAUACGAAGAGGCAAUAGAUCAACCCUUAACAACCGAGGGAACUCUUGAACUUGCGAAAAAUUGGACGCUACGAUAUUCUCAUCCUCACGCUGCAAUGGGACAAUCUGAUACGGGAAGCAACGAAUAUGAAGAUUCUAGCGAUGAAUAUACGAAUGAAGACGAUGAAAGUACAACCGCUACGGAAGAUGAAGACGACAUACGUGCCCGAGAACUUAGAAAGCAAGAAGUUUGGUUGAAGAAUCCUACAUGUAGCUCCGAUACGGACAGCGGUUCAGAAACGGAGGUUGCCUCUGAUGAAGGUACGUCGGAAGAAAGCGAAGAAAACUCAGCUACAGAAAUAUCGACAGAUUCCGAAUUCGAACACGAUGGCGCAACUCCUACGCAGCACGAGAUUCCAGAGAUCACGAUCAACGAUGCAUAUGUCCGGAAAACCAGAGGAAACUACGUUGAACCCAAGAAAGUUCAAGUGAAAAGUAAAGUCAUUUCAUCGAUUAAUGGUAAUCUGAAGCAAGAUAAAGAUCUGGAUGCGAAAUCGCAGUUAAAAAUGGAUCACGAGAUAAAUCCUUCUCAUCUUGAAAAAGAGAGCAAGCUGAAUUUAUUAGGAUUCAAUAAUGCGAAUGCAGUUCCAUUAAUAAAUCCUCGCAAAGGGGAUUAUUUAUUGAACCGUACCCAUUCUACCGAAGGUAUCGCAUCUAAGCUAUCUUUGGAAUUGAAGAAGAAGUAUUUACUUGGCGGUACAGCUUUUGGAGGUUCUGUCAUGAAAUCGGGAUCAGCCUCGAAUGUCGAUACCCAGUUGAGAAAUUUUACGGACGCCAUCUCCCAGCACCAAAAACUUUUAAAUCCCGCUCCAGAGCCAAGUCCUACGAUGCAAGCAUUCUUGCAAGGAACGAGCAAAUUGCGAUCGAACAACACUCAACUUUCUCCCAUAUCGCCCACGGCUAUAUUUUCUUCGGUGAAACCGUAUACAGCGAACCGAUCCUCCCAGAAUUUGUUAAACAACGAUAACCCCAUUUAUAAGUCGACAAUUUUGCCUGAAAUAUCAAAGACCCAGUUACCGGACCUGGUGAAGGAGUCCAGCAUAUUAAAAUCGAAAACUACGCCUAACAUUGUCUGCGGCGAAUCCAAGAACACGGAGAGCAAAGAGAUUGUAAAAGAGCAAGUGGCUCCUAGCCAAUUGCACGCAGCGAAAAACUGCGAAAUAUUGGGGAACGCGAGGAGCUGUGAAAACACGGAGAACAACUUCGCUGGAAAUAUGGAUGAGAAUAAUGGUUUCCGACCACGAAGCCCGUUACACGAAACCUCGAUCAUCGUGCCUCAAGUCGAUUGGAGUAAAAACACGGAGGAAAGAAAAGAGACGGCUAGCACAGGAGAUUCGGAGAUAGACAGCGAUUCCUUGUCUUCCGGGGAUGGCGAAGCGGAAGAAGAAGCGCAAGAUCAGCCACCGCCUGUUAUGAAUUUGUCCCCGCCCCGUUUACAAAUUCACAGCACAGACGGAGAUCUUCUGCUGGACGAGGAAGCCGAAAAAUGUAAAGAUUUCGACGAUGGCCAGUCGUUUGAGCCCGAUUCCAUAGAGUGUUCAUUUCUACAGGAUAAAAUGUUAAAUAAUAAUAAGAUCUUCUCUUCUGCAGUUCCUGCAACUCCUUGCGUAAAUAAAACCUCGAUGGAACUGGAGAUAGUGAAGAACGAGAUCGAGCAAUUAGAAUUGCAGGAUGAGGGUAAAAAGAGUAUCAGCAAUUGCAGUACCCCUACAUCGAUUACCUCUGCCAUUUCGAAUAAACACGAUGAUUCCGAAGAGAACGACGUGACAACGGCAGCUCUUACCGAAACGGAAUUCUCGGAGUGGGCUCGUGACGGAGAGGUUUUAGUUUCGGAUGACCUGCGGGACGUUGAAUUCAAUAUUAAUCCAGAAUUCAUAACUACAAGAAGAAAACUUGCGUUAUCGGAUGCUUCGAAGACUCAAGGUCCGAUCACGAUAGCCAAAGAAGAAGAUUUAACGGAUAUGGACUUGGAUUCUUCGAAGUUGGAUAAACAGUUGGAUGUUCCUGUUAACAAUACCUCAAAACUCUUAGCUAAUGGUGAAAAUAUAGAUUUUAUGGACACGGAUAACGAGUCGUUAUUGGAUGACAGCUUGCAAGAUGCUUCCAAUAUGGUAAUGCUCAAAAAUAGGGGAUACGUAGAAUUUGUUAAUAUUAAAAGCGCUUCGAGCCUCGCGAGUUCGCAAGACAAAUUAAUUGCUGACGCUCCCAUUGCGAAAUUAGAGGUAGAGAAUGAUUCAGAAGAGGAAGCUUACUACGAUAAGAACGUGAUAGAAAUAAAUCCAAUCACCAUGGAUGAUGUUAUGAAUAAGUUGAAUGGCUCUGUAAAUAAAGCUGAAAAUGAUGGCAAGUCGGAGGGAGAUAUGGAAAUAAAAUCAAACUCCAUUCAACAAGAUCAAUCUAUCGCGGAGGCGGUGAAUAAGGAAUUAUUUCAAUCGAUGGAGGAAGAUAGUUUGCUUAUCGUUGAACCUGCCGAGGACACCACUACCAGUGAAGUAGUCACUAUUCUUGCUAGCCCCGUGAACCCACAAGUUUCAAUAAUUGCAUCUCAAACUGAAAAACAAUCGGGACAACAAGAAGAAGAAGAAACGAAAACUGCCGCUGAUUUGAACAAUCCUGAUUAUUUGGAAUACGUGAAGCGUCUGCAAUCUAGAAUUGCUGAAUUUAGCAAUGCCAAAGAUUCUAUAGAUGUCAGAAAAUCGAAAAGGAAGAAUUCAAAAAGUUCGCUGCAAUCCCGUACAGCCGAGAUGAUAGCGGAAGAAAUUAAGAAUCAAGAAACUACGAUAAACAAUAGUUUUAAUUCGCCGGCUACUUCGAGAAAAUUGGAGGAGAUUACCAGAGAAAGAUUCAAGCAAAAAAAUGUAAUACAAGAUUUAUUAAUGGACAAAGUAGAAGCUCAUAAACAGAAAUCCGCGGAGAAAAAGGCAAGAAGAGCUGCUAGAGCUUCGUCGUUCAAUUCAACUUCUGCCUUAUCACCAAUAAGACCAUCUAUUCCUAGUAGUUCGCUAGUUAACAAAUUUGUACCUACGUCUAUAGUGACGCCUGAAAAUAGUCCCUCGCAUAGCACUAAUUCCGUUGAAAGUAAACAGCCCGUGGAAAUUAAGAAAUCUCACGAAACCCGGCAAUUGCCUUGGAAAUCGGAGACCGAGAAGGUCACAAAUGAAGAAAGUAAUAAAAAUGAUAUUCAAUCCUCUGAAAAUAUCACAUUAAUCAAAAUAGCUAAUGAAACGGAAAACAACUUUAGAACGCCAAUUGCACCUCCAAGAUUGAAACACGAAGAGGCAAAGAGGACAGCAGAAAAGGCGAGACAAGAUGCGAGAGAAAGGGCUAGAUUGAAGAGUGAUGAAGAUCUGGGUCUCAGUCCAGAAGAUAAAAUCAAAGAAUUGAGAAUGAAAGUGGCACGAAGACAACUUUCAAUGGAAGAGAGAAAGACUAAAGAAGAAACACAGCCUGAAGAUCCUCGCAUAAGACUUUAUACUUAUGGAGCAAACAAGACUGAAUUAAAAUUGCAAACGAGCAAAAGUACGGACAAUAUGAAAGCUGUAGCUGAGGCAAUCAAUUUCAGUGGUUUAUCGGCCGCCAAUGCAAAAUCAAUGGAUGAAUUAUUACAUGCUGAUUCUCCCAAAUCAAAUAGCUCAAUAAUAAAAAGAGAUAAGAAACAAAAAACGAAAGAUCCAGAAAGAAGAAAAAGUAUCAUUCAAGCAGUCUCAGAUUUCUUCUUUAAAAAGGAAUCUUCUCCUUCGCCGUCCAAUCAAAAAGACAAAUUAUCUAUGUUCCGUCUGACGUCAAAGACGAAAGGCAAAUUAUGUAAAUCGUAUUCGGAAGGGUCAGAUCUUGAUAAAGUUUUAUCACCGAAAAUGAACGCUAGACCAAAAAGUGUUUGCGAAGGUAUGCUCACAAGAAACUUUUUAAAUGAAAAUCCGCCGCCAAUUCCACCGCCACCCCUUAUUUAUACCAUUCCUACUACACAAAUCUCAGAUGAUAGUUUAUCAGAUGAUGACACAAAAACAACAGCAGUAUCGACAUCAUGCAUACAUAAAGCCACAAUAACAGAAGGUUCAUGUAAUAGUAUUUCACGUAAAACAAAAACUACGAAACGAAUAGCUAGACAAGCACAAUUAAAGAGAUUGCGUAUGGCUCAAGAAAUACAAAGAAAAUUAGAAGAGACAGAAGUUAAACAAAGAGAAUUGGAAAGUAGAGGUGUUAGCGUUGAAAAAGCUCUUCGUGGAGAAGGUGAAUGCUCCGAUCGAGAAGAAGCAGAUUUACUAAGAGAGUGGUUUGACCUUAUGAAAGAACGUACAGAAUUGCGUCGAUAUGAAAAAGAGCUUUUAGUAAGAGCUCAAGAGGUUCAACUUGAAGAUCGCCAUGAAAGAUUGCAACAAGAAUUACGUGAACGCUUAGCUGAUGACGAUAAUAAAAAGACCAGUGCCGAUGUGAAAAAGGAAGGAGAAAUUUUAACAGAAAUGUUGGAAAUAGUCGCAAAACGGGAUUCGCUUAUUGCACUUUUAGAAGAAGAGCGACAAAGGUGGUGUAGAUCUACAUGCCAAACAUUAACUCCUUUUUCGACACAUACAGUUUGUUUUUCGCACUUACCUAGUUUCUUUACUCCUCAUUUGAACAAUACAUCUUCUGUGCUCACUUUGAUAGUUAUUUUAAUUACAUAUGUAUUUUUAACUAAUUUAAUACAAUUGUUCAUUAAUUUUUGUAAUGAAUCACUAACAUUUUUUUAAAUCUUGAUUUUUUUUUUUUAACUUUCUUAAUUAUACAGAUGAUGUUAAAUUUCAUUACUUUCGCGCAUUUUUAUCUUAAAGUAUUAAAAAGCAUUUAGCUUUUAUAAAUAUAAAUAAUUUCUAUUUAAUUUUAAAUAUUUUCUUUUAUAUAACUUUAUAUAUUAAAGUUAUGAAUAGUACUUAUAAUGCAUUUGUUAUAUAAUUUUUUUCAAUUUGAAAUAGUUAAUAUUUAUUUUAUUCAAAUAUAUUAAAUAUAUUUAAUAACGAUUAUUAUACAGUUUCUUCCAUUCACUUUUUGCAAUGCAUGUCAAGUAUAAGCAUCAUGUCGUAAAAAAUUAUUUUUACAAAAUAUAUAUAUAUAUUUACAGUUUUUAUAAUUUGUAUUGUAAUUUAAUUGCAUACUAUUCACAUACAUAAUUUUUCUUUUCUGCUAUAAAUAUUUUUUUUAUAUUAUGAUAAAGUGAUAUAUACAUGACUGUAUUAUUGUAAGAAUGGAGACAUUUUGAUUGUACUUAAAAUUAUCUCUGGUCAUGUAUAGGAUUAAAAAUCGUAUUAGCAUCAUAAAAAUUAUAGAAAUGUAACUAUGUUGAUAUAUGUUGUUAACUUUUAAAAUAUUUUUUGAUGGAUAUUUUGAAAGAAAUAAAAUAUAUUAUUUUA